AUGCCAGAUACAGCUGAUCAGAAUACGCCUAUUGCGCCGGUUGCGCCCGUCGUGCCUGAGAACCCCGUGGAAGCAGUCGAGAAGGCCGUGGAAACUCCUGCGCCUGAUACCCCAAACACCGAACAGACUGUAGCCAAAGAUGAACCUGCCAGUGCCCCAGUCGAGGAGGAGGUAGUUCCAAAUGAUGUUAUUGCCGCCACCGCUGCCACUGCAGAGUCUGAAGCGGCAAAGCUUGAAACCCCCCAGGUCGAGAAACCAGCCUACCUGACCAAGAACCCAGCGUUGGGUGAGUUGUUCAACCGCCUACCAACCAUCCUCGGCAACGUUGGUCACACGGAGAUGUGGGGAGUGCCUCUCAAAGAUAGCCAUGAUAUUCCUACCGUCAACGUGUUGAUCAAGUUCCUGCGCGCAAAUGAAGGCAACGUCAAAGCCGCCGAGACCCAACUCAGCAAGGCACUCCAGUGGCGCAAGGACGUGAACCCGUUGGCAUUGGCAGAAUCCGCGAAAUACAGCGCUGCUAAGUUUGAGGGCCUGGGAUACCUGACCACCUACGAGGAGAACGGACGGCCAUUGGUGUUUACUUGGAAUAUCUACGGAGCUGUGAAGGAUAUGGGUACGACAUUCGCAGAUGCCGACGAAUUCGUCCAAUGGCGCGCCGCUCUCAUGGAACUCGCUGUGCAGGACCUGAAGAUGAAGGAUGCCACCGAGGUCAUUGAGUACAACGGCGAGGAUCCUUACCAGAUGAUCCAAGUGCACGAUUACAUGAAUGUCAAGUUCUUGCGUAUGGAUCCAUCUGUCCGUGCCGCAACAAAGAAGGUCAUCCAAGUGUUCGCCACGGCAUACCCAGAGCUUUUGAGUGAGAAGUUCUUCGUCAAUGUUCCUGCUAUCAUGGGCUGGAUGUUCACCGCCAUGAAGUUUAUCCUGAGCCGGAAUACCACGCGCAAGUUCCACCCGAUCACGAACGGUGCCAACCUAGCCCGGGAGUUCUCUCCUUCGAUUGCUGCACAGAUCCCUAAAGUUUAUGGUGGCAAGGGUCCGGAGCUCAAGGAGAAUGCUAAGUUCAUCCCACUGGUAGAGGACAAGGAACAGGAAACCAAGGACCAGGGCAAGUCUGUCGAGGAGCCUCUCGUUGCUGAACCCAUCAAGGAGGAGGCGCCAUCGAAAGAAGAAACCCUUGAGCCCGAGGCCGCAAAGGAGCCACAGGAGGAGGUGCCAUCGAAGGAAGAAACCCCCAAGGUGGAGGCACCCCAGGAGGAGACUGCCAAGGAGCCCCACAAAGCAGAUGUUCCCAAGGCUGAGUCUCUGAAGGAAGAGCCUGCGAAGGAUGAAGCCCAGUAG